AUGUCAUCGUUUGAUUCAUUGGACGCGUUUUUAUUGGCUGCUAGCAGAGCUUGUUGUAGUCCCCUCGCAAUUUUUAUUCAGAUCCAGGGAUUUUUUAUUUGCUUGGCUCUUGCCCUUGGAUGGGCUUUGGCUGCUUAUGUCAGGCUUAGAGAGAUAAGACAGAUGAAGUAUAGUAGUGAGGGCACUGGUUUGAGACCACUCGUGGAGAGAUCAUGUACUCAGUUGAUUAGAAUUCUUGGAAACCAUUCUGUUGAUGUGAUUGCACGAGGAGAAGUAGAGGAGGAUACAGUUCAGAAUCCUGACCUAGAAGUAGGCCCUUUUUGGCAGUAG